UUCUUUUCAGUUUGGUUUAAUAUCAUUGAGAAAAAAAAUUAGUCCUAUUAAAAGUAGAGAAAUUCUGUAAAAUAGUUUUUUUUUUUAAGUUUUUUCACAAAAAUAACUUUUAACGAAGAAAAAUAACUAAAAUAAAUGUUAUUAAAGGGUAAAAAUACAUUUAUACCCUAGUGUUGACUAAUCUAGAUUUAAGGUUUAGAGUUAAGGAGUGGAGUUUUGAAGAUAGAGAUUCAAAUUUUAAAUAAAAAAUUAAUUAAAAAAUGUUAUUUUGGUCAUUUUUCUUAUUGAGUGAUAUUUUGUGAUAAAAAUGGCUAUAUGACAUAAUUGUCUUAGCAUGUAUUAUUAAUCUUUUUAUUGUAUAUAAGAAAGUGAAGGUGAGAUGAUGGUGUAUGUUGAAACCGUAUAUACGAAAAAACUAUACAACUACUUUUGACAAGCUCAUACUUCCUAGUUCCUACAAGUAGGUGCCAAUGACGUCUCCUAUCUCAGAUCUCUUUACCAACACAAUCAAUAUUACUCCUACCGCACUUCUCGUUCUCACUACCAUCUUGACAGUUCUCUGGUUCCUCUUCAAGCGCUCGCCACAACCGCCUCUACCACCUGGACCGCGAGGGUUACCUAUUGUCGGAAACCUCCCAUUUCUUGACGCGGACCUUCACACAUACUUCACAACUAUCGCUCAGAAACACGGUCCGAUCUUCAAACUCAAACUCGGCUCAAAACUAACCGUUGUUGUGAACUCUCCAUCGCUGGCUCGAGAGAUCUUGAAAGACCAAGACAUCAAUUUCUCAAACCGAGAUGUCCCUCUCACUGGCCGGGCCGCUACCUAUGGUGGUCUCGACAUAGUUUGGCUACCAUACGGUUCUGAAUGGAGAAUUCUCAGAAAACUUUGCGUUAUCAAGCUUCUUAGCCGCAAGACUUUGGAUUCUUUCUACGAGCUUCGACGCAAAGAAGUCCGUGAAAGAACGAGAUUUUUAUACCAGCAAAGUCAAGAAAAAUCGGCGGUGAAUGUCGGAGACCAACUGUUCUUGACGAUGAUGAAUCUAACGAUGAAUAUGUUGUGGGGAGGAUCGGUGAAAGCGGAGAAUAUGGAGAGCGUUGGAGCAGACUUCAAAGGAGUCAUUUCUGAGAUGAUUAGGCUUUUGGGUGAGCCUAAUGUUUCGGAUUUUUUUCCUUGGCUAGCUAGAUUCGAUCUUCAAGGGCUUGUGAAGCAGAUGCGUGUGUGUGCUCACGAGCUCGAUGCCAUAUUCGAUGGAGCCAUCGAGCAGAUGCAAAAGCUAGGACGUAAAGAUGAUGAUAAAUGCAAAGACUUUUUGCAACAUUUGAUGAAGUUAAAGGACCAAGAAGUUAAUUCGGAGACUCCCAUUACAGUUAACCAUGUCAAAGGCGUACUUACGGAUAUGGUGGUUGCUGGUACUGAUACCGCUACAAACACAAUAGAGUUUGCGAUGGCCGAGCUUAUAAGCAACCCAAAGCUGAUGAAGAGAGCGCAACAAGAGCUAGACGAAGUUGUAGGAAAAGAAAACAUUGUUGAAGAAUCACACAUCACUGAACUUCCUUACAUACUAGCCAUAAUGAAAGAAACACUUAGACUUCAUCCAACCAUUCCUUUGUUAGUCCCUCACCGUCCAGCUGAAACUGCCGUGGUGGGCGGUUACGCUAUCCCUAAAGAUACUAAAGUUUUCAUCAAUGUUUGGUCUAUCCAAAGAGACCCAAACGUGUGGGAGAAUCCGACUGAGUUUCGUCCCGAGAGGUUUCUUGAUAAUCAGUCUUGCGAUUUUACUGGAACUGAUUACAGCUUUCUUCCAUUUGGAUCUGGCCGGAGAAUUUGCGCUGGUGUAGCACUCGCUGAGAGGAUGGUUUUGUACACUCUUGCGACGCUAUUACAUUCGUUCGACUGGAAGAUUCUGGAAGGAUGUGUGUUGGAUUUGGAAGAGAAGUUUGGGAUUGUCUUGAAGCUCAAGACCCCUCUUGUUGCCUUGCCGGUUCCGAGGUUGUCCGACUCGAAUCUUUAUCAAUAGAUACUAAGAUCUUUGUAUUUAGCAAUUCUUAUUCAAAACCAAAAGAGUAUUAAUUGCUUUCUUUCA